UUUUCAUUGUUUUCAAUUUUUCUUUUGGCGCAUUGUUGAACUUGUAUAUCAUUCCCUUUGGUGUAUACCUCUCGCUUUUACUGCUUUUGUUACUAUAUCUUCUUUUUUUUUGUCGUAUAGGCUCGGUGGCAUUACAAACGGACAGGGCAUUAAAUAGCACCGGUCAACUUUCUUCAUUCACUUUUCCAAUUGGCAUCCAAAGGCUACAUCUUUUUGUAUCCUUCUUGGCCUUUUUUCUUUUUCUUUUUCAUUUCAGAGUUCGACAAGUGUACAAUGCUCCCCAAUCCCUCUAUUUCCACGCUGACACCUUCUACAGUCGUCACCAGCGAUGGAUUUGGUUCUAUCUUCUCCUCCUCGUCUUCCAGCUCCGGUUUGCCUUCUCCUGACUCUGAAGCAGCAAGGGCAUCCAUGCUUCCAACCCCUUCAAGGGCACUGCAGCAUAUCUCUAGCUUGGCUCGUCACAUUGCCACCCAAGGUUUGAUUCAAGGGAUCGGAAGUGAUAUCACGAUCCAUGUCUUUGAUAAGACCUAUCAUCUUCAUCGGCUCAUCUUGACCCAAUCUUCCUAUUUUGAGGCCAUGUUCCAGCGAGGACCAUGGAAAGAACGGGAAUCUCAGGUCGUUGAGAUCAAAUUUGAUGACACAAACAUCUCCCAGGAGGGGUUUGAGAUUGCGAUCGGGAGCCUGUAUGGUGUCUGGACAGAAGAAGAAGACAGUAUUAACAACAGCAGCAACAGCGAUGACAGAACGUUAGGACCUGCAACAUCAACAUCACCAGUUACUGCUACUAAUACCGCUACCAUUAAAACAACGAGCGACGGUAACUCUAACGAUAACAACAUCCGAUCCAACAAGGAUUACAUCGGUGCGGGGGGAAGAGGAGGAGAAGUGACAAAGAAUAAUUACAUCAUGCGCUCAACUAUGUCUCUAUCGUCCAAGAAUGCCUUGUCUGUGCUUGCCUCGGGAGCUUAUUUAGGCAUCGAUGAACUAUGUGAACGGUGCUGUGCUUUCAUCAUUCGCACACUCUCAACCCUCAAUGUCACCAGAAUGGUCGAGUUUACUCAUCAAACUAAUUAUUACCCUUGGUCCGCUCGAAUUGCUGAUGCUUGCCACACCUUCCUCUGUCGCAAUGGAUAUGACGAUCCCAAGAUCAAGUGUCUUCAGGUCUUUGAAGCUUUACCCGCUUCAUGGCUUGUAAAUGUAAUCGGAUCGGACGCAUUCUGGGUCCCGGGAGAAUGGGAGCGGUACAAACUUUGUCGGGAAAUUGUACAUAGUCGUAGGAGGAAGGCAAUGGCAAGAAAAAAGAAGAGACAAGAUCUUCCAUCUUCGUCUCGGCAAACUAUUACCACAUCGACUCACGAUCUACAGCAACACCCAUCAUCGCAAAAUACAGUAUUCGAGAUGGAAGAAGACGAAGAUGAAAUAGUAUAUGAUACUCUGUUCUCAACAAGCAUCAUCUAUAUGCACAUGUCGUUUGAGCAGCUGCAAAUCAUCCUACGUGAUAUUGAUCCCCUCACAGGCGAGCGAUUUACGCGAUCUGAGGUGAUUCACGAAGCCCUAUGGCAUCAGACAGAGUUGCGGGCAAUGAUCGACCGCAGCGUCAAAGAUGAUGGACCCUUGGAUGUUUUUGAUUUCGAAGACCAUAAUCAACAACAAAACCAAGAAUCAGAUGUGAGAGAGAAACGGGAUUGGUCUAUUCCAGACCAGGAUAGGACACUCAUCGGUGAUAUCUCCUCCCCUUCUCAGCGACUCGAGCUUGCAGAUGCUUCCUUGUCAUCGAGCAAUGUGCCGAAUAAGAUCACUCCUAACAAACGAUGCUCCUUGUAUGCACCCUUCCGGAUCAGUGUCGAGUUUGGGGACAUUGAUCAGCUACAAGACAACGUUCGCUCCCCGUCUGACAUGUUUUUCUACGCUGGAUCCUACUGGGACGUGUACAUCCAAAAGUUACCAUCGCCCAAGGGUGUUCAGUUGGGCGUAUAUCUUCAUCGUCGCAAAUUUCCCGAUAAUACUCUUGUCACUAAACCUCCGCGACAACCCACGCAUGCUUUUACUUUUCCAUCAGCUCCUUCUUCCUCAGUAACGCAAUCAACAGGAGCUUCAUUGGAGCCCAGGGCUAAUAACACUCCGCAUAGUAAUAAUCCAUCAUUGUCCUUUGCAUUGUGGUCAACUUGGGGUUUUCGAGCAGCAAAUCAGAUACAUCAACAGGAGCAUACAGUCCGUACAGUCUCCUCUUUAUCUUCCUCCCCCCCUUCGCCAAAAUCAUCGUCUACGCAUUCGCCAUUCUUUGUAAGAUCUGACAGUGAAGAGGAGAAUGAGGACGAAGACGAUCUUCCCAACAAAGAACAUCAUGCGCUUCUGACAAUCGAUGAAAGCAGCAUAGUAUCGAUGAAACGAUCCUUCAGUUACUAUGUUGAUAAACGAGAGAAAGUUAGGACUUGGUUCAAGAUCUUUGCAGCCUCUCUCGGUCCAAACCAUACAAUAACUCAAUUUCAAAGUAGUCCCGACGAUUUUUUCACCAUGCAGAGUUGGGGGUGGCGCUCUUCAAGCCUGUGUUCACCUAAUUACAUGCCCGUCACAUCCAAAGAUUAUGACGAAGCCAAAUUUACAAGUGUAUGCUGUGGAUUUGAUUCAUGGCGACAGAAUAGUAGUGAUAGUAGUGACGAUACAAGAGAAGGUUCGUCGAAUUGCUCCUCGUUGGGUAAUAAUAAGGGAAGGGAGACGGAAAAAGACAUGGGUAAGGAUUUGAAUUCCACUUCGGAAAGUUUUCUCGUAGAUAUGCCUCAACAGCAACAGCAACAGCAACAGCACCGUCAGAAGAAAAAAGGAGAGCAAAAGUCAAAAGGCAUUCGCCAAAAUACGAAGGCAACCACAACUGCUACGAGAGGUUUUGAAUGGGAUGUCAAAGACGGACAUGAUGAUAUGAGUGGUACUAGUCCUUAUAAAAAGGAUCCACUACCAGAAUGUAAUUGUGAAGCUCAAAGGAUCUACGGGCGUCAUCACCACCAUCUUCAACCCCAAACACUCAAGUUUAGCAUUGUAAUGGGUCAUAUUUAA